ACUUUCCUCCCUCCAAAACAUCACCAGCAAGGUUCGGCGUGCAACGCAACAACUGCGCUUGACCGCUGUGCAGUCUUGAUUCUUCUCUUCAUAAUUUUCCCCUUCAUUCAUUUCACCUUUCGCCGAGCCUGCGCAUCCGCGAAGAGGCAGUCAUCGGCCGUCACCCGACCUGGCACUGGUAUUCUUCGCUGCCGUCGUCAUAGCAUUACGUUGUGCCGCCUUGUCUCUCCUUCCUGAGGCCACCUACUUAAGGAGGGACUCACUGCUCUCACACAAACCACGUAGCCUCUCCCUCCUCUUAUCUCCUUUGCAACUUCCCUUUUCUGCCAGUUCUUUCUACUUAUUCUAUUCUUAAUCAAAUCUUCCACCAGCACCACAAUGUCCGACUCGGAAAAUGUCGAUUACCUGCAGCCUGGGUUCGAUCCCAAGAGCUUGACUAUCCCACGUCUGAGAUCUAUCCUCGUCGCUCAUAACGUGCCGUAUUCAUCCAACGCCAAAAAGGGACAGCUGGUUGAGAUCUUCAAUGACCAGAUCCUACCCCAGUCUGCCAAGAUCCUCAACGCCCGCGCCCGCGCAAAGCGUUCUAGCAAGGGCAUCUUUGACGUCGAGUCCACCAGUAGCAGUAACCCCUUUGAUGAUCACCAAGAUCUCCAGCCCCCUCCUCCACGGCCCGCCACUACUAGGAGAUCGCGAUCGCCUCGAAAAGCCUCCGCCAGAAUCAAGUCGGAAGAACCCGAUUUUGGGCCGCCCAUGCCACCCCCCGCUCCGAGCAGCCCGUCCAAGCGAGCAGCGCGAUCAACAAGCCGUCAAGCUCCCGAUACCGAAACUGCCCCUAGGUUGGAUAGUAGUGCCAUGUCGGGAAAACCAACUUGGGAUGCUACGCCCAAGCUGAAAACAGAGGAGUCGGAUGGUCUCUUUCGACGCACGUCCGAUGUUUUCACCUCGGACAACCCCUUUCAGAGCGGUUCACCUGCAGGGCCUGAGCAAACUCCGAGUAACCGCAGAAGGACAACUAGUCAUCAUCUGCCGCGGAGCUCAAGCAAAGGUACCCGUAGAAGAACCGAUGACUACAGCAGACCAGACGACUACGACCUACCCCAUGAUGAGCAGCCUGCUGCUCCCUAUAGUGGCUUAGAAGUACCUAAACCAAGGUAUGCUCGCCGUAAAACGCCGGAACCUGUUUAUAGAACACCAGAUCCACCAGCAGUGGAAGCCGGAGAAGAAUUCACGCCUCAGGAACAGCUAGAGCUCGCAGCUGAGGAGAUCGUCAAUGGACAGAACGCCGUUGUGCGUGCUGGUCAUGAGAGCCCCUCGAAGAAGGUGAACAAGAAAACACCCUUUCUGAUGUUCCUUACGACUAUGCUAGCUGUUUACGCUGGCUGGUAUCGCCAAGAAAAGAUUGCUGUUGGCUACUGCGGUGUAGGACAGACAGUUGGCUCUAUUCCUUCUGAGAUUGAAGUUCCGGAAUGGGCACAAUCUGUUCUACCUGCAGAGAUACCUGUUCCCCAGUUUGUCAUCGACAAACUAGAGCCCGAGUGUGAACCUUGCCCUGCUCAUGCGUACUGCUAUGACGAUUUUACUGUUCGCUGCGAGCAAGACUAUAUUCUCAAACCGCAUCCUUUUGCCCUAGGUGGUGCAGUUCCUCUGCCCCCAACUUGCGAGCCCGAUGGUGAGAAGGUUCGCCGAGUCCAGGCUGUUGCCGAUAAAGCAAUUGAGGAACUCAGAGAGCGUGCAGCAAAAUACGAGUGCCGUGAGCCAAUCGAUGAGGAGGGCACCAUUGUUGACACGCCGGCCAUGGAGGAGUUGGAAUUGAAACAGAUUAUUGACAAGAAGAAGAGCCGGAAGAUGUCGAACCAGGAGUUUGAGGACCUUUGGGGCGCAGCGAUCGGUGAAAUCAAACACCGCGAGGAAGUUCAGGUCGAAGUUAAGGAAACGUCCGAUUCCGGCGCCGUUCCAAAUACCUUCUUAUCGUCCACCUCUCUCGCUCGCAUUCCGCUCAGCUGUGCAGUCCGGCGCUCCAUCAGACUCGGAUUGGCAAGACAUCGCCUCCAGAUUAGUAUUCUGAUUGCGGCUAUUGUUACUGCCUUCUAUGGGCGUGCACGAUUCCGAUCUCAUCGGGCCGCGGCUGCCAAGGUGCCCUCGAUUGUCGACGACGUUCUUAAUCGCCUUGCUUCUCAGAAAGAGCGAGAUGACGAGGAUGACCCCUGGCUAUUUCUACCUAAUUUACGUGAUGAUGUCCUGCGAGCUACGCACUCACUCCGCGAGCGGGAGCGCAUUUGGCAGCGCGUUAUAGCUGUCGUUGAACAGAAUAGCAAUGUCCGGACUGGCCAGCGCGAGGGUCGCAACGGAGAGGUGGGUCGGGCGUGGGAAUGGAUCGGUCCUACAGCAGGUGAUAGCAGCAGUAAACGUCGCAGGAGCGGACGUGUGUCUUUCGGGCCGGACAUGAACUCUGAAGAUUCGCCUUCUUCGGAAAGGUCAUAUCUACACCAGAAAUGGGAGGAACCACGGCCGGUUUAUUAAAUUAAUUUCACAUAUCGGAGAGGCAAAGAAUCACACGGGAUGGGCUGUUUGGUCGGUGGGACUGGUCGGCGUAUUUUUUUUUUUUGGGCGUUGGUUUGAAGUGAUUUAGUUCGCUCUACGUGUAUACGGCUUACGCUGGCUUGGAGACGAAUUAUUGACUGGUUGAUUGGUGGUAGAGGGGUUAGAAGAUAUGGGACUGAUCGAUUGUCUGUCCUGGGCUGCUACACAUUGCUGCGUCUUCAGGACAUCAGGUUUUACUUGGCUAUUCUUUUCUUUUGUAACUUCUUUGUACGUUUUUAUGUACGAACAAUUUCGCGUACGUGUACCGAAUAUCACAACUUACACUGAAAUGAAACUUCGCGGUUGUGUUCGCAUAUACCGGGAUGAUACUUCUA